UCACAGAACCCUCCCCCCUCUCUGUUUAAUUUGGGGGAAGUGCUCGAUCGACCUCAGACGUUUUAAAAACAACAUGUUUUCCGUGUGGAUCAGAGGACAGCGGGUGGACAAAGGUCAACAAGGAGUCACGAUGCACUCUCUAGCCACGCUGUGGCUGUCUGCUGCUCUACCAGGGCUGCUGUGGGCAUCACAUUCCUCUCUCUUGGUGGAGGGAGACAAAAAUGCCUCCAGGAUCUGCAACGCUGCACCUCGCUGGGAGAUAAAGGGACAAGUGCCGAUGGAUAGGGUGCAGGGAAACGUGGCUGUGGUGGCUCUUCUCAAAGCCAGCUGACAUUUCUGUCUCACCCAGGCUUCCAAAAUUGGAAAACUGCGUGAAAAACUGAGAAGCGCCAACAUAACAGGAGUGUCCUUCAUGAUAGUGAAUGAACAGCAGAAUAGUUCCAGAGCCAGGUAUUGGGACCUGAAGAAAAGAGCACCCCCUGGAGUUCCUGUGUUUCAGCAGUCCCUUUCUCAAAAUGAUGUGUGGGAGGCUCUGGACGGAGACAAAGAUGACUUUCUGAUCUACGAUGCGUGCGGCCUCCUCACCUUCCACAUUGUCCUACCUUACAGUUUCCUGCAUCAGCCGUUCGUCGAGGCUGCAAUCAGAGCCACUUAUCAGAACAACAUCUGCAAUUGCUCUUCUCCCUAUUCCCCAUCACCUCGUAUAAACCCUACAGAUAAAAUAGACGAGGGAGACGCCCCGCCCACCGCUAAACCUGACACCCAUGUGCAUCACCCGCGACACGGAAUCGAAACUGAUCCUCAAAGUCAUUCUCCAACAUUUCAUAUCAAAACACCAGCAAGUCCUCGGAACCGCAGCCAUCACAAUGGUGGGUUUCAUUUUGAACAUGAACCACAUGAGUAAUAUAAUCAGUCAAUUGUAUUGAUCAAAUUGACUUUUAGUUUUUAGCUGGAUGAAUCCACAGCGGUGUGACUGGUGCCAGCUAGUCAGCUUUCCCACACCAUACUCCUCUGUUUGGAGAAAGUACCCAAGUCCCCUAAUCUUCUACCAUAAAUGAAGUCCACAGCGUGAAACCUGCCUGCAGGAGGCUGUGGAUGGAUGUGUGGUUAGUUAGGCAGAUGGGACGGAGGGCUACUAAUGCCAGACACGAAGCCAUGGUGUGUAACGCUGCUCAGCUGGUCUCACUCAGAUUCCUGUUUUAUUGUCAUCCUGGUUCACUAAUGAUCAGAGGGAUGUUUAAGCAUUAAUACACGGAUUCAUAAAAAUGCUUGUUGGCUUCACAUCUUUAUAAUGUUUAAACUUCAGUUCAUUGUGAGAGAGAAUGUGUUUAUGUUGUUUCCAAUAACUGGAUUUACACUUGUAAAAUGCAGCUUCCUUACGUAUGAAAAGUGAAAAAAAAAAAAUAAAAAUGAUGUAAUUCUGA